AUGAUUACAACACCUAUUAAGGGUUCUUGCUUUAUUGGAUCUUGUAAUGGUUUAAUCUGUCUUGCUGGAGAGGAACAUGAUAUACCUGUUUGUAUAUGUAACCCUUUCACCAAAGAGUAUGUCAACCUUCCAGAAAUCAGGAUAGAUGGUGAUGAUUUUGAUUUUUGCACAUUCGGAUUUGGUUACCUUCCUUCAACAAAUGAGUACAAAGUGGUAGCAGUACAUGUAUUCAAGACCGAGUUAAUAGAAGUCCACAUAUACACUCUAGGCAAUGGAUGGAGAAACCUUGGAAAGUUCAAUUCUGAAUUCUGCCCUAUGUAUAAUCAAGGUCAUGAACAUGGUAGCUUUGCCAAUGGAUCUAUUUAUUGGGUUAACACUAAUCUACAUAUGAUCUUGGCCUUCGACUUAAUUGAGGAAAAAUUCUGCGAACAUCUUGAACCGCCUCCUUUCCCACUAUACACUGAUUUGCGAAAUCAUACAAUAGGGGUUUUGGAUGGAUUUCUGUAUAUUUCUAUACUUGAUGAAGGAGAAGAUGGUUUUGACAUAUGGCUAUUAAAAAAGAAGAAUGAUAAUCAAGUCAAGAAAGAGGGAGAGCAACAUCCCUCAUUGGAAUGGAGUAAAUAA